AUGUAAAUUAAUAAGGAGAAUUAUUUAAAGAACAAUUAAAUAGACUUCUUAUUUAUUGAUUAACAAGAAAUUAAGAUUUUCAUCAAGAGAUUAUUAUGUACUGUAAUAUAGAUUAUACAAUUAUUCAACUCCUUGUUGUUUUUUAAUGAUCAAUUUAACCUAGCGUUGUUUUUUUCAAAUGACAUCACUUCAAUUUAAUAAGAAUUUAUACAAUUAAAUAUUGAGUUUUUCCCUGCACUAUUGUCAGAAUUGAUUGAAGAUAAGAAGCCAAUAAAUUAGGGAAUGAUGGUGUCAUUAAGUUAUUUGAGGAGUAUAAAAUUAAAAAGCUUAACUAUAUGAAGAUUUGGUAUCAUGUCAAAGGCAAAAAGAUGAAUAAGUUUAAUUAUGGAGAAGUGUAUUAAGCUUUGAAAAGUCAUAUUAUGUUAUAAAUCAAUAAAAUUAGACUAGUUGAUGUGGAUUGCUUUGUUUUAGUCUUUAACUUAGAUAUUGAGAGCUUAAAAGAUUUCAUCAAUUGA